CCUUCCUGACUGCGCAUGGGCUUCCGUAGCACAGCUGCAGCCCUCCUCAUCAUUAGUUUAAACCGUAAAAAACCGUCAAUAUCGCUGAAUUAUUGCCGUAAUCUGCUACACUGAAGAAGCAAAAUGAGCCGCAGCUACAACGAUGAGCUGCAGUAUCUGGAUAAAAUCAGCAGCAACUGCUGGAGGAUCAAGAAAGGCUUCGUGCCCAACAUGCAGGUUGAAGGGAACUUCUACGUGAACGAGCCUCUGGAGAAGCUGAUGUUCGAGGAGCUUCGUAACGCCUGCCGGGGAGGAGGUGUGGGCGGCUUCCUGCCGGCCAUGAAGCAGAUCGGGAACGUGGCGGCGCUGCCGGGAAUCAUUCACAAAUCCAUCGGGCUGCCUGACGUCCACUCCGGCUACGGCUUCGCCAUCGGGAACAUGGCCGCCUUUGACAUGAGCAACCCGACGCCGUUGUGUCCUCCAGGGGGCGUCGGCUUCGACAUCAACUGCGGCGUCCGCCUCCUGAGGACGAACCUGGACGAGUGCGACGUGCAGCCGGUGAAGGAGCAGCUCGCCCAGUCGCUGUUCGACCACAUCCCGGUGGGCGUCGGCUCCAAGGGCGUCAUCCCCAUGAACGCCAAGGACCUGGAGGAGGCCCUGGAGAUGGGGGUGACUGGUCCGCUGAGGGAAGGCGACGCCUGCGAGGACAAGGAGCACUGUGAGGAGUACGGCCGGAUGCUGCAGGCCGACCCCAACAAGGUGUCCUCCAAGGCCAAGAAGAGAGGCCUGCCUCAGCUCGGCACUCUGGGAGCGGGGAACCACUACGCCGAGAUCCAGGUGGUGGACGAGAUCUACAACGACUACGCAGCCAAGAAGAUGGGCAUCGACCACAAGGGCCAGGUGUGUGUGAUGAUCCACAGCGGCAGCAGAGGCCUUGGACACCAGGUCGCCACAGACGCUCUGGUCGCCAUGGAGAAGGCCAUGACGGACAAGAUCAUGGUGAACGACCGGCAGCUGGCCUGCGCCCGCAUCACGUCCCAGGAGGGGCAGGACUACCUGAAGGGCAGCGCGGCGGGGAACUACGCCUGGGUCAACCGCUCGUCCAUGACCUUCCUCACCAGACAGGCUUUCUCCAAAGUCUUCGCCACGACGCCGGACGACCUGGACAUGCACGUCAUCUACGACGUGUCGCACAACAUCGCCAAGGUGGAGGAGCACAUGGUGGAGGGGGCGAGCGCAGCCCUGCUGGUCCACCGGAAGGGCUCCAACCCGCGCGUUCCCGCCUCACCACCCCUCAUCCCCGUCGACUACCAGCUGACGGGCCAGCCGGUGCUGAUCGGCGGGACGAUGGGGACCUGCAGCUACGUGCUGACGGGCACCGAGCAGGGCAUGACGGAGACGUUCGGCACCACCUGUCCCGGAGCGGGUCGAGCUCUGUCCCGGGCCAAGUCCAGAAGGAACCUGGACUUCCAGGACGUCCUGGACAAACUGGCCGACUUGGGCAUCGCCAUCCGGGUGGCGUCGCCCAAGCUGGUGAGGAGGUGACGGAGACUUCCCGCCGCUCCCGAGUCGUACAAGAACGUGACGGACGUCGUCAACACGUGUCACGACGCCGGAAUCAGCAGGAAGGCCAUCAAACUGCGGCCCAUCGCCGUCAUCAAGGGAUGAAGCCCACGCCGACCCGCAGCGCUGCAGCGCUUCCUGUUUAUAGAAUGAAUUUGAGUUUUGAGCAAGAAGAAGUUUUUCUGUUGUGAAUAACGAAGAUGGCCGAGAGACGAAGAGUAAACACUUUAUUGGUUCUAAACAAAGGUUCAAACUGAAGGUUCCUCCAAAUAAACACAUUUCGGCAUCA